AUGGCAAAAGCUAGGGAAGAAUUUGGAGGGGGUGCCAGCCUGGAGGACGAACUCAGCUGUCCCAUCUGCCUGUGUCUGUACCGGAAUCCGGUGUCGCUGAGCUGCGGUCACAGCUUCUGCAAGCAGUGCAUCCAGAAGGCGCUCGGUGCCCAGCAGCAAUCCAAGGCCCCUUACUCCUGCCCCAUGUGCAAGCUCCAGCUGGGGCCCAUCCUGGAGCUGCAGAAGAACUUCCAGCUGUGCAGCAUCGUGGAGGCAUUUCUGGCCACUGCUUCCAAAGGCCAGUGGGGCGAGGAUUCUGCAGAGGGGAAGAAGGAGGUGGUUCCCUGUGACUUCUGCCUGGAUGGGGCCCAGCCAGCGGUGAAAACCUGCCUGAUCUGCGAUGCGUCUUUGUGCCAGGCCCAUCUGAACAAACACAACGCUAAGGCUUCCCAGCAGGACCACGUCCUGGUGGAGGUGGGCGCGGGCGGUGUGGCGGAGGAGAGGAGGUGCCGGGAGCACGGCAGGCUGCUGGAGUGCUACUGCCAGGAGGAGGGGCUGUACAUCUGCGUGCUCUGCUCUAUCGUGGGGUGCCAUAAGGGCCACAGCAUCAUCACCCUGAAGGAGGCACAUGACAAACAGCUGGGUGAACUCUCAGGCACCGUGACAUGGCUGCAGGAACGUAAAAACGCUUUAGCUACCGCCCUAGAAGAGCUUCAGAAAAAUGAGAAUCAGCUCAAGACCAAUACGAAAACAGUGACUUCUCAGCUGCAAAAGCUGUUUGAAGAGAUGAAGUCAGAGAUGGUUCAGAAAGAGAAGAAGAUCCUGAGUGACAUUCAGUCCAAUGAGAAAAAACAACUGGCAGACAUUACCAAAGUGAAGAAGGAAAUGGAACAGAGGAGAGAUGAGGCUGCGCAGCAUCUUCAGUCUUUGCAGAAGAUGAGAGAGCAACCAGAUAUUUUCAUCUUCUUCAAAGAAUUUAAGCUGGCCAUGGACAGGAUUGUGAGUCAGAAUUUCGGUGUCCGUCGGAUGGACGUGGUGGUGGUGCAGCUGGAUCAGGCCAGGAUUGACAAUUACCGACGCCUAACGCGGGACUUCGUGAGUCGCCUGGGCUUGCUGCUGCAAGGCGUGCGUGGUGAACUUACCAACCAAAUUAAGUGGAACAGUGCAGCUUCAGAUACCGAUAACUCUUCAAAAUCUGACAAUGGAUGGAGAGCACAAGAGGCAUGCGGUGCAGCACAAAACCAACCGAAAGGAUCAGUGCGCUUCAGGUGGCAGAUGUGAACAAAGUGUAUGGUCCACAUAUGCCCAGAAGUAAGGGAGAGAUGAAAAAAGAAGUAAGAACUGAGAUGGAAAGAAAGAAAUAAAUAUUGUCAAAAAUGUUCUCUAAUAAUGGGGACCUGCCAAGUGUCUUGACCUCCCCUGCAUACUUGCUAUUAAAAGCAGUUCUGUAGCAUAGGCAAACUUAGAAAAGAAGUGCUAAGAAUUAACAUGAACAUAAGAAAAUCUCCAACUGCUGCUGACUUCCAAACUGUGGACUAUG